AAUUAAAUGUGAGGAGUGUAGCGGGCAAAGACGUAAUGAAUGACUAACACGUCUGAUUUGGGGAUAGGCAACAUCCAUACAUUUACUUAUGAGCUGUAAUUCAUGCAGAGGAUGAGGCGCACGAUUCAGGUUCCCAUUUUUUAUGGUAACACCAACUUCGUUCAAUGAAUUCAACUAUAAUGUAACCACUCCUUUUUUCACACUCAAAUGAGUUUACGCCUCCAUUUCCAAUCCAUCUUCACCCCCAAUUUUCUCCCACGCCAUUUCUCUCAUUACACACCAAGGGCCUCGUUUCCUACAUUUUCUUCUGGGGAAAUGGAAGAUGUCAAAUCGGGUUCGGAAUUGACUCUGGCUGAUCCUGUUCUGCUCCACGCAAAAAUUGACGCAAUUCGUUCCGCUGGUCCUCAAAAGCUUCAGGUGAUUGCUGAUUUUGAUGCCACAUUAACUAAGUUUUGGGUUAAUGGAACUCGUGGCCAAAGCAGUCAUGGCCUUUUGCAGCAGGAUAAUCCAGAAUAUAAUGCCAAAAGACAGCAGUUAUAUGAUUAUUACCAUCCAUUGGAAUUUUCUCCUACUCUUGGACUUGAAGAAAAAAGGAAACUCAUGGAAGAGUGGUGGGGAAGGACGCACGGUCUUCUUAUGGAGGGAGGACUUACGUAUGAAUCAAUAAAACAGUCAGUUGCUAAUGGUAACAUAGCUUUUAGGGAAGGUGUUUCUGAGUUUUUUGAAUUUUUGGAGGAACAAGACAUUCCUGUAUUAAUAUUCUCUGCGGGGCUUGCUGAUAUCAUUGAAGAGGUUCUAAGACAGAAGCUUAAGAGAUCCUUCAAAAAUGUGAAGAUAGUAUCAAACAGGAUGGUUUUUAAUGAUGAUGGUCAACUUGUAUCUUUUAAAGGAAAAUUGAUUCACAGCUUAAAUAAAAAUGAGCAUGCUCUUGAUAUGGCUGCACCUGUUCUCGAACACUUUGGUGAUAUCGAUGUUCCAACCGAUGACAAUGAUUUGCUCAAGAAGAGAACCAAUGUUCUCCUUCUUGGUGAUCACACUGGAGACUUAGGAAUGUCCGAUGGUUUAAAUUACGAUACUCGAAUUUCUGUGGGAUUUUUGAACCACAAUGUUGAGAACUCACUUAGCAUCUACAAAGAAGCUUUUGAUGUUGUUUUAGUGAAUGACGCGCCUAUGUGGGAAGUUAUCAAACUGGUUUCUCAGAUGUGUUUGAAUGAGAAGUGAUUUGCAGAAUUCAUAUAUUCUUGGCAGUAUCAUCUUUUUUUAUCCUUCACAUCCCAAGGUUCCUCUUUAUUUCCCCUUAUGAAGAAUGCUAACAUGGAACAAAACAUUCCUUUGACACACUUUGGUGAUUAGUUAGUUAUACUAGGACAUAAUUUUUUUUACUCCUAUGCAUAUUUACAGUAAAGCUCUCUAAUAAUAUCUGUAUGGCACACAAACUGCAUUUUCAGUUGUGAGGGGUCAGUUCAGUCUGUUUGUCGCA